AUUUAACCAGCCCACCUGAGCCCCUCUUUGCCGUUUCAGCAGCAUCACGCUGAUAGUGACCGGGCGCAGAACAACUGCGCAUGCCCGAGACAACUUAAUAUGAAUGCUGCUUCACGUCUCAAGACAUCUCACACAUCCAGUAACCAUCAUGGGCAGUUAAGAAAAGUAGGCUAGUUAUCUGCUGUGUGGAGGACUGAAGUUUAGUGAUACCCCUGGGGCGCCCUCCUCUAUUCCCGCUCAGGCAGUCCAACAAGUUUCCAGCACCAUGGCUGAAGAAGACUAUGGCAGCUUUGUGGACUGGAACCAGAUGGGGGAUCUGGCCAAGAGCAGCGGACCCACCAAGGUGGACUGCAAGGACUUGAAAGAGUUUAAACAGAUGGCUCGGCAGGGUUACUGGACCAAGAACCACAAACUGCGAGCACAAGUCUACCAGCAGCUCAUCAAAUCUAUUCCCUGUCGUACAGUAACCCCAGAUGCAGAAGUAUAUCGUGACAUUAUGGGAAAUGCAGGGACUAAGAAACCCUCCUCCAACAUCCCACUGCCGGACUUUGUGGAUGGAAGUCCUGUGCCGCACUACUGCCUGAAGGCAGAGGCAGUAGCCUCAGCCCAUCAGGUUAUCAACUGCCUAGCUGGACAGUUCCCAGACAUCUCCCACUGCCCAUCACUUCCAGCUGUUACUUCACUGCUCUUGCACUUCAGUGUAGAUGAAGCUCAGUGUUUUGAACAUGUCAGCCGCAUACUUGCCUGCAAUGAACCAGGCAAACGACUUCUGGACCAGACCUUCCUAGCUUAUGAGUCCAGCAGCAUGACUUUCGGUGACCUGGCCAACAAGUACUGCACAGCCGCCCACAAACUGAUCGUGGCCACAGCCCAGGAUGUGUUAGAGGUCUAUUCAGACUGGCAGCGCUGGGUGCUCGGUGACCUGCCCUUUAGCCAUGUGGUCAGGGUGCUGGAUGUCUACCUAGUGGAGGGCUAUAAGAUUCUGUACCGUGUGGCUAUAGCCUUGCUCAAGUUCUAUCGCAAGAACAAGGCAGGAGCCCAGGGGGGGCAAGGGAACCAGCAGCAGCAGGAUUCAAGCAAAGUCAGGGCAGACAUUCAGUCAUUCGUCAAAGGCAUUGCCUCCACCGUCACACCCGACAAAUUACUAGAGAAGGCCUUUUCCAUCCGUCUUUUCAGCCGCAAGGAGAUCACCCUGCUGCAGCUCACAAAUGAAAAGUCCCUGCAGCAGAAAGGAAUCACUGUCAAGCAGAAGCGGCGGAACGUGCAGCUGGCACUUAACCCAGACACCUUUUCCUCAGAGAUUGUCAGUGCCAAGGAGAUGCGGGACAUUUGGUCGUGGAUCCCUGAGCGUUUUGCCCUGUGCCAACCACAGCUCCUCUUCACCACUUCCAACCAUGGUUGCAGCUUGAACAGAUUCUACUCACAUUGUGAAGGCUACGAACCUACUCUGCUCCUCAUCCGGACCACAGAUAGCGAUGUAUGUGGAGCGUUCUUGACCACAGAUUGGGAGGAGCGGAAGAGAGGAGGAAACAAAUUGAGCUUCUUUGGCACAGGGGAGUGCUUCGUCUUCAGGAUGAAGCCAGAAAUGGAGCGCUAUGAGUGGGUGGUGAUCCGCCACCCUGAGCUAGCCUCCUCCAUCAAGACCCAGGGCCAGGAGGACACAGCACCCUCUGAGGGCCAAAACUCAGAUGGCAAUGGCUUGCAGCAGCCAGACAAACCUGCCGGAGAGCUGUCGCCCUUCCUCUCCGCCCGCCACUUUAACCUUAACUCUAAGAAUACUUCCAUGUUCAUGGCUGGAAACUUUGAUUCCAUCAUAGUGGGGGGAGGUGAAGGCAACGCUCUCUACAUUGACUCUGAGCUGAACCAUGGGCGUACUGGCAAGUGUGCCACCUUUGACAACCCUCCCCUGUGUGCAGAGAGCUUCCAGGUUGCUCUGCUAGAAGUGUGGGGCUUCCAGGAUGCCAUGGCUUCAUAAUGCUUUACACACAAACAUAAAUGUUCAUCAAUACACCAUACAGACAAGGACACAUAUGUGCACUGAAAUGCACACAGAAUUUAACACUUAAAGACAUCAAAGCAGAAAGUUAUGAUAUAAAAAGUCCAGCAAGGUUUUUGAGGUUGAAAACUCAGAUAUGCAAUCAGAACUAUAUCCGUCCUGCAAAUUCAUAUAUGAUUAAGAAGUAUUUUUAUUUAUUAAUGCAGUUCAUCCAGAUUUCAGCAUACGAACAAAUUUGUGAUAUUUUUUGUUUUCUGUUUAUUUUUGUAUUUUACAAAUUUGUAUCAUGUUGUAUCACUAAUUAUGUUAAUUGUCUGCUAAUAUCAAGGAAGUUUUCAGGAUAAACUAGACAUGCUCUGUAUCUAAAGGGUUUUUUAUGUCAGCUGUGAUGUGUACAUGUGCAUACUGAGCUGAAACUGUUAAAUUUCUGAAUGUAAAUUUGGUCUUCUAUGUCGUGUAGUUUAGCUAAAUCUGCCAAAUUUACAGUAAAACAAGCUCUGCAGUCCUUAAAAAAUAUUAUUCUUUACCAGGCCAUGUUGUAAACUGAGGAUUACUAUGAAAUAUGUGAAGUCAAGUGUUCAUUCGGUGACAAGUGUUUUUUAAAUGUUGGAAUACAGAGAUUAAGACGUAAUGGAGUUGCACCAGAUCAGCUGGAGUUUUGGUCAGGUCUUAUCUAUCACAGUAUCUCAAACUUCUCGAUUCAUUGUACAUAUGUGGGAGAUUUGUGAAAUGAAUUAAUGUGGUAAAUGUUUGUGAAUAUCAGUUGUGAUUUUGAGUGUUGCCAUUUUGCACCAUAUGUAUGUCAAAGCUUUUUAUUUGAGUGAGUGGCUCCUUCGUAUGAAUAUUCAGGUGAAUAUCAGUGCAAACAUUUUCUAAAGAAAAAAAACUCGAAGUGUUUUUGGUUUACAAGUAAUGAAGGUAAAUGCAGUUUGUUCAACCUUUCUUCCAAUUACCAUUUCCCUGUUACUUCCGUCCUUUCCAGUCUUAAGAUAGUAACAAAAGAAGUCCAAAAUUGUGGCCGGUUUGGCAAAGUGUUCUCUGGGUUAUACAACCUUGAAUAUUUGUAUUUGUAUGUGCAAAUAUGUGCUCUGGUGAAAUAUUAAUUAAGUAACUACAGAUGUAUUCUACAUGUGAAAAUACAGCAAUACGCUUCCAGUAGA